AUGCAGUCUGACGCUUUGUUGCACGUCGCCAAUUUUUCUACACUGCUCGUAUGCAUGGUGCUAAAGUUCCCGCAGAUCUUCGUCCUGUUGCGAGCCAAAACCACGACUGGAGUCAGCCUCCAAAGUAUUGUGCUCGAACUUGUCGGGUAUAUUGUGUUUGUGACAUACCAGGUGUAUUAUGACUACCCACCUCCAACUUACUUGGAAUAUCCAAUUCUCAUUGCUCAAGACGUUGUUCUUCUGCUCUUGAUUCUUCUCUACGAUGGCCGACUGCAGAACAGCCUUGUGUACAGUGUUGUCUUUGUCGUGGGUUGGCGGCUCUUGACAGUGGAAAAAUGGAUCAUCGAUUUUGCAAUGAGCCUUUGCACGUUCAUUAGCGCUGCCAGUAAGUUUGCCCAACUGCAAUGUCUUUGGAAGUCCAAAGAUGCUGGACAGGUGAGCGCCCUCACAUGGGGGCUGGCAACCUACACAUGUGCAACACGCAUUUACACCACCAUGGUGACAACUGGAGACAUGCAAGUUCUAGUGCGGUUCAUUGUCAUGACCUUGCUAAACCUGUGGGUGCUUCUCAGCGUGCUCUAUUACAGAAGACAAGGGCGCAGCUCCAUCAAAGAAGAUUAA